GGGACAUACGCUUCUGGGCUGGUACAGUCAUUACCUCGGAAAAUCUCCAACCUCUGGUCACUUUCUCUGCUUCUCUCUGUUGCACAACUUGGGAGUCUUUCUUUCCGAAUAGGAAUAACUUCAAGACCAUCAACAAAUAGGCGCCUUGAAUGCUGACCUAUUCCUGAUUAUUUAGAGAAGGUUUAUUACUGGAGUGACAACUUACGUUCACGUGAAAGCUUCUAAAAACGAAAGGAAGAAGUUUUCAAGAACAAAAAGGGAAAAGAGAAACCGGAGCCAGUUUGGGAUGCUGCCACUCUCCAGGAUGCAGACUCGCAGCGCGCUGAGUUCCUUAGUGUGCGUGAUGAGCUGCGCGUGGCUGCACUCUGGACUGGCCUCACGGCAUAAAUCUCCCGUUCUGCCCAUCCAUUCGGAGAGGGAACCUUUACCAUCCAAGGGCAUGUCAGGAUGUUCAUUCGGAGGAAGAUUCUAUUCUCUGGAGGACACUUGGCACCCUGACCUCGGGGAGCCGUUUGGAGUAAUGCACUGUGUCCAAUGUUACUGCGAGACACAAAGGGGUCGUAAGAGUAAGGUGUUGGGGAAGGUAAGCUGUAAGAACGUCAAGCGGGACUGUCCUGAGCCUAGCUGUGAUGACCCAGUACUGCUACCUGGACAAUGUUGCAAGACCUGCCCCAAAGGCGAGGUGGACAGUAAGCAGGCGGAGGCGGUGUUUGAUGGCUUCGAGUACUUCCAGGAGAAGGAGAAAGAGGAUGAUCUGCACAAGUCCUACAAUGACCGCUCAUACCUCAGCUCUGAGGACAUUUCCUCUGGGGAGAGCCGCACUGACUUUGUAGCAGUGUUGACGGGAGUGACAGGCUCCUGGUUACCCAGCUCCAGUGGUGUGGCCCGGGCACGCUUCUCUCUCACUAGAACCAGCCUGACCUUCUCCAUCACCUACCAGAGGGUUGGGCGACCAAGCAGGGUUGCCUUCCUUGAUUCAGAUGGAAACACUGCGUUUGAGUACAAGACCCCUAAGAGAGACUCAGACAUGAUCUGCGGGGUGUGGAAGAAUCUUCCCCAAUCCCACGUGCGACAGCUACAGGCAGAACAACUUCGGGUUACUAUGACAACAGCCACUGGUAGACGGGAGCAGAUUGAAGGAAAGAUCAUCAAACACAGAGCACUGUUCGCAGAGACGUUCAGCUCCACUCUGACCUCAGAAAAAGAGCAUUCUGGGAUGGGAGGCAUCGCCAUGCUGACUCUGAGUGACACAGAGAACAACCUUCACUUCAUCCUCAUACUGCAGGGAUUGAUACAACACAGACAGAGAGACUCCCCCCUGGUGCCCAUCCGGGUACGACUGCAGUACAGCCAACAUGUCCUGAGAGAGAUCCAUGCCAACGUCACCGCCUAUGACCCAGACUUUGCUGAGGUACUGACAGACCUGAACAGUCGGGAGCUCUUCUGGUUGUCAAGGGGCCAGCUGGUGAUCGCCGUAGAAACCGAGGGCCCGGACCCGAGACACAUCUCUGGCUUCAUCACUGGAAGGAAGUCAUGUGACACCAUCCAGAGUGUCAUGUCCAGUGGUGAUGCAUUGACACCAGGGAAGACAGGUGGUGUGGGAUCAGCAUUCUUUCAUCUCCAUGACAACGGCACCCUGGACUACCAGGUCCAGAUAGCGGGGUUAUCCAGUGAAGUGGUGGGUCUGACCAUCGAGCUAAAGCCUCGGCGGCGCAGUAAGCGCUCCGUGCUGUAUGACCUAGCUCCAGAGUUCGACAGGCCCAGCGGGCGAGCGACGGGAAGCUGGAGUCGUCUGGAGGCGCGUCACAUCCACAUGCUGCUGCAGAACGAACUGUUCAUCAACGUGGCUACAGCACACAGCCAGGAGGGGGAGCUACGCGGACAGAUCAGAGGCCUGCUCUACAACGGUCUGGAGGCACCCAGAUAUGAGAUCCCUAUCCCUCUGGCAGGCCAGUUUGUGGCCCCUCCAGUCUUGACCAGUGCUGGGGGCCAUGCCUGGGUGUCUGUGGAUGAGCGCUGUCACCUCCAUUAUGAGAUCGUGGUGGCAGGCCUCAGCAAAGCCGAUGACCUCACAGUCAGCGCCCACCUUCAUGGAUUUGCCGAAAUCGGAGAGCUUGGCGAGAGCAGCACCAAUCACAAGAGACUGCUGACAGGGUUCUACGGUUCUCAGGCCCAGGGUGUGUUGAAGGACAUCAGUGUAGAGUUGUUGCGUCACCUGGACAGAGGGACAGCCUUCAUUCAGGUCAGCACCAAGGUCAACACCAGAGGAGAGAUACGUGGACGGGUCCAUGUGCCUAACAACUGUGAGUUUGGGACAAGGGGUGAGGUGGAGGUGGCUGAGUUUGAUGGCCUGUUUGUGCAUGAUCCUGAGGAACUAAAGAAAGACCCCCACACCUGUUUCUUCGAGAGUCAACACCAUGCCCACGGCUCACUCUGGACCCCGAACUACAACAACUGUUUCACCUGCAGCUGUCAGAAGCGCACAGUGAUCUGUGACCCGGUCAUCUGUCCAGUCCUCACCUGUUCUCGCACCAUACAACCUGAGGACAAGUGCUGCCCCGUGUGUCUCGAGAGGAAAGACCCCAAGAACAUGAAGACUCCAGAGAGGCUAGAUGAGCAUCCAGAAGGUUGUUACUUUGAGGGGGACCAGAAGAUGCAUGCUCCUGGGUCAACAUGGCAUCCAUUCGUCCCUCCAUUUGGCUACAUCAAGUGUGCUCUCUGCACCUGCAAGGGGGCGACAGGCGAGGUGCACUGUGAGAAGGUGACGUGUCCAGCCCUGACCUGCAGUCGUCCGGUACGCCGUAGCCCCUCAGACUGCUGUAAGGAAUGUCCGGAGGAAGACAAACCCCCCUUGGUGCACGCUGACAUGAUGCAGGCAGACGGAACGCGUCACUGCAAGUUUGGGAAGAAUUUCUACCAGAACAGUGACAACUGGCACCCCCGUGUACCCCUGAUGGGAGAGAUGAAGUGCAUCACCUGCUGGUGUGACCAUGGUGUGACUAAGUGUCAGAGGAAACAUUGUCCAGUCCUGACCUGUAGUAACAUCACCCGCCGGGAGGGCAUGUGCUGUCCUGAGUGCCAAGAUUCUAAAGAGGAAGAGGAGGAGCUGAUGAAAGUUCCGGAAAAGAAGAACAGCUGGAGACACUGAGCUGAGAUCCCUUCCCCGCACCCCCCUCUCUCUACCUACUCCCUCAUGGGCAGACCUAGACCUGCACACUGGGUCAGCUAACACCCCCUAAAAUCGAGAUCCCUAUAACCCUCCAGCCCCAACCCACAACCCCCCGUCCACUCCCACCCCUUAGUCAGCCUAAGGAUUGUAACGAAGGAAGGAAAGAAAAACAGAAGAAAAGAAAGAGAAGCACUGAGGUGUGAUGGAAGAGAAUGAAAAGAAGGGAACAAAAAGAGAUCUGAAAUGGACCAACCACAGCUGCUGCAGCAGUGUCUUUUGACUGGUUCCUCCUUUGAAAUUUGCCAUUUUUGUUUUGUUUUCAGUUCUUUUGUCUCCCCGUGAUUAAUUUUGCCCGCCCUUUCAAAAAUCACAUACAAUUACCCUUCAUAUUCGAAUACAACAAGGUUUGCUUAGUUUUUAAAAUGGAUGUGUUGGUAGUCUUUGCAUUGUUAGGUGUGUGUGUGUGUGUGUGUGUGUGUGUGUGUGUGUGUGUGUGUGUGUGUGUGUGUGUGUGUGUGUGUGUGUGUGUGUGUGUGUGUGUGUGUGUGUGUGUGUGUGUGUGUGUGUGUGUGUGUGUGUGU